UUGUACAGGAACAUGGCGCUUUGGAGGAGAGAUGUUUCAUGAUAGUCAGGGGAUACUGAUUAAUUUAAUUCAAAUGGGUUCCUUUUAGUAGAGAUAUAGUAUCUAUAUCAAAUAUGAUAGGUCGCGAAAGGUGAGCUCACCUUUGGCCUCCAUGGACAACGGGACAACGCGUUUGGUAGCGGUGCCUGCUGUCGUCAGCUAAAAUUAUUAGCAUUGACAUGCUAGCCGAAGCUAGUUAGCCGAUUAAUAGCAAGUUGCUAAACAGGCAUAAAUAUGUUGGUUUUUGAACCCUACACUGACGUAGAACUAAUUAUCAAUGAUUAAAACACGUUAUUUCGUAUCAAACCAGACAUCUUUUGUUUAGAACAUCGUUUCUUUAUAGCUAACAUUUGUUAGCUAAGCUAGGAGGAUGGGGAGCCGUCAUGGAUAUGUUUUGUUGCUGGCCACUGGGAUUUUCCUGUCGGUGUUCUGGCUGACUGAAGGUGUACCCCUUCAGUAUCACCACAGAACAGGUGCAACCACAGGGGACCCGCUGUCGGUGUCGUUCUACAUGACCCUGGUGCUGUCACUGACAGUGCUUGUAGCCUUGGUUGUGCUGCUAGUAAACUGUGUCACCUGCUGCAAGGAAAGGGAGAUCAACUUCAAGGAAUUUGAAGACCACUUUGACGAUGAGAUUGACUUCACCCCACCGGCAGAGGACACACCUUCUAUGCAGUCCCCAGCUGAGGUGUACACCCUUGCUGUGUCCCCUGUGGCCCUGCCAGGACCCCCACAUCUCCAGCCUCCUGCUCGCAUCACAGAUGGAUCCACUGGUGUUCAGGUAGCUCGCCAUAGUCUGAGUUACAUCCAGGAGAUUGGAAACGGUUGGUUUGGACAGGUCCUUCUGAGUGAAAUCUACACAGAUCCAGGUGGAACCAGAGUGGUUGUGAAAGAGUUAAAAGCUAAUGCAAGCGCCAAGGAGCAGAAUGACUUCCUACAGCAAGGAGACCCAUACAGAGUGCUUCAGCACCCAAACAUUCUGCAGUGUCUCGGACAGUGUGUCGAGGCUAUUCCCUUCUUGCUUGUCUUUGAGUACUGUGAAAUGGGAGAUUUGCGAGGCUAUUUGUCUCAGCAGGACUGGAUGUUCAGAAAUGCUGAGCUGCUGCAGCUACAAAGGAUGGCUUGUGAAAUAGCUGCCGGUGUCACUCACCUUCACAAACACAACUUCCUGCACAGUGAUUUGGCUCUGAGGAACUGCUACCUGACUGCAGAUCUUACAGUCAAAGUGGGAGACUAUGGAAUCGGACCCUACAGAUACAAAGAGGAUUACAUCAUCACAGAGGAUGAUGUAUUUGCACCCCUCCGCUGGUUGGCUCCUGAGUUGGUGUGCGAGCGCCAUGGGGGCGUGAUAACUUUGGAGCAGACCAAGCCAAGCAAUGUGUGGGCCUUGGGGGUAACCUUGUGGGAGCUCUUUGAGAAUGCUAAUCAGCCGUACCCACAUCUAUCGGACCGGGAAGUUCUCAAUCAUGUGAUCAAAGAACAACAAGUCAAACUCUUCAAGCCACAGCUGGAGCUUCCUUAUUCUGACAGAUGGUACGAGGUCCUACAGUUCUGCUGGCUGUCCUCAGACAAGCGCGCCACGGCGGAGGAAGUCCACCGUUUGCUCAUCUACCUGCGAAUGCAAGGCCAGAAGGACAUAGAGGAAGAUUUUGAGCAGCGUUGGGAUGCUCUCAAACCGAAUCCUUCUACACGGCAAACCACAGUUAGCCACUCCUCUUUCCCAAUCCUGGAACAGUUUGCUGAUGACGCCCUACGGCAAGAAAUUGAUGAAGUACUCACUGUCACUGAAACUAGCAAAGGCCUCAGCUUCGAGUAUGUUUGGGAGGCAGCCAAGCAUGACCACUACGAUGGCAACCAUGGACGAUCAGGCAUGGACACAACGCUCAACUACCACAGCAUGUUCUUUCCCGUUUCCAGUGAAGACAUCCAGGCUCAUUUCCCAGAUCCUUCUGUCAGAGCAGCGGGCACAGAAUCUGCUAACACCCCUUCAGGAAUUCCUGGGAUUGUGCCAGUGUUUGAUGCACAGAAGCCAUCUAAUGGGAAUGAGUAUUACAUUCAACUAGAAGAACAGGGGGAAAGUAUGGCUGGGGAAAAUGGUACAAGAGGACAAGAUAUGGACUUGAAUUCAAACCGACAAGACUUUGUCAUUCUCCAGGAUGUCCGCCUGGACGAGUCCAGUACUGAUGCUGACUUUUUCCACCAAAGUAUUGAUUCCAAGGAUUCCUAUUUACCAGACAGCCACAUCUGGUCAUCACUUGAAAAUGACAGCCCAUACCACACCAACAUUUUCACUGAGGGAGGGUCGAAACAAGAGGACUCUCCUUCCUGGAGACAGAGUUUCAUGGAGCUUCCUGAACGCAACGGCAACCAUUUCCAUGAAUCUGCACCUUUAGAAACCCACGAGGGAGACCCAGAUAAAAGCAUUGGGGAGCCUUUUUUAGGGGAUGGUUCAGAAGUCAGUCACCAGGCGGGUUCUGUGGAAGUGGAGACGGAGAACCCAAAUGUGACGAGGCUUCUGAACACUGAAAAACUAACAGAUAACUUCAUGUUUUUGAAAGACCACAGCUUGAUUAAAGUCGGUUCUAGUUUCUCAAGUCCACAGCAGAAUUUCCUUUCACCAGGUCUUGCCCAUGAACCAGAGGAAACAUUUAAAAUGAGGUCUUGGAACAACUUAGAGAAUUUAGGCAGCUUAAACAUUGCAGAAACUUUUUUAAAGCCUGUAACAAGUAGCACAUCAUCAGGACAGGACCUUUCAGACUCUAAUACCAGUUUGGGGGAGUUAUGUCAGUCCAUGGUAGUCAACGAAACACCGGUGCCUUCUAUCACAGUGGUCACAGAAGACAACUUAAGCAACCAGCUGCCAGUUAGAAAUAGUUCUUCCACUGAAGACCUCAGUCUACUGCAAUCCUCAGACAGAGGUAUAGACUCUGGUUUUGAUUCUACCUCAGAAAGGUUUGAGGUUAUCAUAAGUGAAGCUGAUGGCCACACCCCUGCAAUCUCUGUAAGUGCCACUACAGACUCAAUGUGCACAGAUGCCAAAAUCCCCAGCCUUGAAGAAGAACUUGGAGCCUCACAUGAUAAUCAGCUCAUAGAAAGUAAAAUGCCUGAAAACUUGCAAGUCCAAGCAUUACCCUCAGACAAUGGACACAGUGAGGAUCUAACAAGUAAUGAUCUAUUGAGUGAACUAAUUGAAGAUGCUGAAGACAUGGAACUGGAAACCACUCUGUCUGACCAUGAAGAAUCGUUUAUGGAUGCUAACGGGCAUCCUCUCGUCAGAUCUUCUCUGUUGGUCUCGGGGCCUUCUUUGGAUCAGAUCAGCCAGGACAGUUUACUGGAAGACAGCAUGUCGACUACAUUACCAACUGUAGAUCAUUCCAUCGAAACACCCGACUCUUUAGACUCUCUUGAUAUUCACAGGUUUGGUGAACAAGGAGAAGGGCUGAACGCUCAAAUCACCCAACACAAACUCCAGCCUCCGUACAAAAUAGCAGACAGCGGCUACGAAACAGAGAACCUGGAGUCUCCUGAAUGGAACUCUCAGCCUAACGUCAAAGAUCAUUCUCCUGUAAAAAACGGCACAGGUGUCGCCAAAGAAGAUCCUGAAGAGGCUACAGCUGCUUUAAAUCUGGUUCCACCAGAAAUCAUCAUCUCUGAAGCAGAGGGCAUGCUGGAUGCUCGUGAUGAAGAUCCCAGUGAGGACCAACAACCAGAUGACGACAUUCCUGCUGAGGAACCGCUCAUGGGCAGUAAUUACAGAGACUCCGCCUACUUCUCAGACAAUGAAUCAGAGCCUGAGAAGAAGUCUGAAGAACCAGCUGCAGGAGGCUCUGUGGAGGUCACAUGCCUGAGCAGCUCUACCGGCAGCGUCAGUGGGUCAGCCAGUGGAGGAAUAGCUCUGGAGGUUAGCACCACAGGAGAUGUAGAGGCUGUAAUGUCCCAGCAGGAACCUCCUGUAGCUGCUGAAGCACAGGGCUGAUAUUGGAGAAAGUCCUGAUCCACAUGUGGGAAGCAUCUUACCAAAAGCAGAUCCAGAUCUUUUGGAGAACUGUCCGAAAGAACCUGUAGAAUCACUCAGCAGUCACAAUGAGGAGGGGAACCUUCACCUCUAGAGGAAGUCCCGCCCUCAGCUCCACUCACAUCAGCUACGAUAUCAAAGCCCCCGCCAGAGACCGCAGUUCACGCUAAACUAACCAGAACAUAUGCAAGUGAGGGUCUUAAAAUCAAAGAGCCCGACAUGGAGGGGCGUUACCUGGGUAGACGGGACGGUUCGGGUUUAGAUGGACACGAGGACGGUAUGGAGGCAGACGAGGAGGAUGAGAACAGCGACGACUCGGAUGACGACAUUCGGGCAUACCGUAUCCACAGCUCCAGCUCAGAGAGUGAGGACGACACAGUGCACACGGUACCAGUUAUCGUCUCUGAUGAUAGCAGGGCAAAGAAUCUGAAGAGCUUAUUGAAACCCACCUCCCUGAAUAUUGAGGCGUCAUCUUCCCUGUUACCUGCACGGUGCAACAUGGACAACUCCAGGAGAGCUGUGUCCUUCUUUGAUGAUGUCACUGUCUACCUGUUUGACCAGGAGACCCCCACCAAGGAGCUGGGUGACCACUCCUCCGGCUCCAACAGUCAGGUCCCAGAGUUUAACAGCCCAGUGUCUACUGCCAGCUACCUGAACAGGUUCACCAACUCUGAAAGCUCCACAGACGAAGAAGGUGGUGGUUUUGAGUGGGACGAUGACUUCUCUUCGCCAGCGCCUAAGGCCGUGUCGUCAUCUGCUGCUUCUGGCUUCUCUGCUCCUGCAGUUGGACGGGUCCUGGAGCCCAGCUGGACCAGCUCCUCCAGCUACUCCCGCUUCUCCAUCUCACCCGCCAGCAUAGCCAGCUUCUCCCUGACGCAUCUUACCGACUCUGACAUCGAACAAGGAGGAAGCAGCGAAGACGGAGAAAAAGACUAGUGCGAUAAAUGAGACCAUUUAUCAUCACGCGGUCGAGAAAUGAAACUUCACUCGCACUUUUUGGGAAUGGAGAAUGGCCGAAUAAGGACCGAUGACAUGGUGCAAGCCGUGGAUGCUUCUCUCAGGCAGAACUAUUCUCUACCUUCACGGAGACGGCCACGAAAACCAACGGCUGUAACUGACUCUGAGCAAAUAAAAUAGACGAGGCCCGGCAGUCGCAGUCUGAGCCUCAUCACCUGUCCAGCUCCAUCAGUGUGCGUCAUUUCAGUUCAGUGCAAUCCCAUUUUGGGCAGGAAAAGAAAACCCCUAAACACUACAAACCGGGCCUAGCUUCUAAAUGUUUGCUUUAAAGACUCAUCAAGCGCAUUCCAGGUGUUUGGCUGCUUGUUUUUGUUGUGUGUCCAAGUGCACUCCUCCUUCAGUACUUUUGCAUCACCAAAAAAAAACAAAAGACUUGACUUUUUCUGUUCUUAGAAAAUGGAUUCAACACACUGGGCUGGCAAAUGUGUCACUGCAGCCAAAUAGGAAUAAGCUCUUUGAUUUGAGAAAAAACCUAAAAAGAUCUCAGCUUUUUUUUCUGUAACAUUGUUAAUGUUGUUCUUUCAUAUUGUGCGAUUAUUUCAGUGGUUGCCUUUUUGAAAGAGUGAUUUUGUUGUUUCAUAACCUCUUGCUCCAACUUCUACGACUAUGAUAUCCUUCUGUAGCAUUAUUUGGAUAAGAAGGUCUUAAAUCCACACAUCGGAUCACUACCUUAUCUAUCAACCCCUCACCGUCACGCUGAGGUGACACCGUUUGUUCAUUCAUUUAUGUUCGAAAGGAACAUCGCAGAGCGGAGUUUCAUCUUUUGAGACGUCUCAGAACGUAUGGACUGUCACAUCAACUCUUACAGAGGAGAUGCCAAGACAAGUGAAAGAAAACACUGACAGCUUUUUGUACUGCUACUUCGUUUUAUGCUCCGGCGUGAGUAGGAAGAUGCUCUCAGUUUAUGUGUCACUGGGUUUUUAUCACAGUGCCUGUUAUUGCUGUAAAGACAGCCGCACUCCUCCAUUUGCUAUCACUGCAGAUUUCAGAUCACAUGUUCAGUGGGAUUUUUUUUUUUUAAUGUCUGAAUGAAGAAAUAUACUGAGCUGUUUGUAAACAAAUGUGCAAUGGAUUUCUUAAUUAGUUUCUAUGAUUGACGUAUAUGUCCAUUGAUGAGCUGGUGGCGGCGGCGGCAUUUCUUUGGUAAUGUGCAGGGACUUUAAGCUUCACAGGAAGUCACUACUAGAACAAAAAUCACUGCUGCUUUUUUCUCAAAUUCAGUGUCAUGAACAGAGUUACCCGUUUGCCUUUGUUUUCUGUGUCAAACUCAAUUAGCCUGUUCACGUGGCAUUUUCAUCCCAUAGAACGCUUAGUUGUGUUUUUCUCUGUGGCUGCACAGGGUUGGUUAAUGCAAAUGAUUCUCAAAUAUAUGUCCCUCACUGAAAACUGACAAAAAACUGUAGGUUGUACAGUUUUGACGGUGUCAUUCUAAACUCUGUUUAAUUACUGAUGACCACCUAUAGGAAGCUACAGAUUCCACUCCCUCCCCUCAUAAAGGCGGCACUGUAUCUUCACCUGUUUAAAAACCAGCAGCCUGUGCUUCAGUUAAACUUGAACAUUUAUUUAAGGAAAUCUCGUUUUAUUUGACUACAGUAUACAUUUGCUUAAUCUUGCACAUUUGAGAAAUGUAACUUAAUGUUAAACUGUACUGAUGUAUAUAAAUGUUAAUUUUUUUGUCUGUAAAUGGGAAAUGAUGUAACUGA